CUCUCUUUAGGCAUGGAGAAGCUGAUUGCUUGUCCAUACAAACGCCCAAAUGCCCUCUGUAGGCUGAUUUGCUUCCCGUGGGCUGGAGGUGGAACUUCUGCACUUGCUCAAUGGGGCAGACUCUUCAGCAGCUCCACUGAAGUGUACUCGGUGAGGUUCCCUGGCAGAGAGAGCCGCCUGCAGGAGCCCUUUGCGGCGGACAUGGCGAGCCUGGUCACCGAGAUCACAACUGCUCUGCUCCAGGAGCUGCAGGAGAAGCCAUUUGCCUUUUUUGGCCACAGUUUUGGAUCUUACAUCAGCUUUGCAGUUGCACUGCAGCUGAAAGAGAAGCAUGGACUGGAGCCCUUCCACCUGUUUGUGUCAGGGGCACAUGCCCCAAACUCUGAGGCACUGCUUCCCAUCAAGAGCAUCCCAAUACAUGACACAGCAGAUGAAGACAUUCUGAAGUACAUAGCAAUCCUGGGAGGAACUCCCUCUGAGCUGCUGCAAAGUGAGGACAUGAAGAAACAUCUGAUCCAGACCUUCAGAGAGGACCUCAGAGUUCUUCAGACCUUCUCCUUUGAGAAGGCAGAGAGGAAGACUCCCCUCUCCUGUGACAUCACCUGCUUCAAUGGCUCUGAGGACAAGCCCUAUGAUCUAACAGCUUGGCCUGAGCUGACAAGUGGAGACACCUCCUGCUACCAGCUCCCUGGAGGGCACUUCUACCUGCUGGAGCCCUCCAACGAGAUCUUCCUGACCAAGCACAUCACCAGAUGCAUCGAGAACGCAGGGCUCUGAGCAGUGCCCUGCCCUCCACAGGCCUCAGCUCCUCACAACAAGUCUGUAACCUGCAUGUAGUCAUAGACCCAUAGGAUGCUUUGGGCUGGAAGGGGUCUUGAAAGCUCCUCGGCUCAAGACCAACCUCCUGCAGCCAGCAGGGACAGCUGCAGCUAGAGCAGGUUGCUCAGAGCCCCAAGCAACCUGACCUGGGCUGGUGCCACGGAUGGGGCAGCUCCCUCCUCUCUGGGCAGCCUGAGCCAGGGUCUCCUCACCCCCACUGUAAAAACUGCCUCCCUUCUCUGCAGUGCCAGCAUCCUCUCUUCUAGUUCAGACCAUCACCCUUUGUCCUGCCACAAC